AUGAGCCCGCCCAGCGAGGAGGCAGCUUUCGACCAGCUCCGAGCCUCGGGUUCAGAUGGGCAGGAAGACGAGGAAGAGGUCGACGUCUUGGGCGAAGGCAGCCGGGGAUACCUCCGUCGGCGGAAGGAGCCCGAGAGCCGUGCCAGGACGAGCGAGGCCAAAGGAGUGGCUAGCGGGCAGGCGCUUGGCGGGGCUGCAACUGCCGCAGCAGCAACAGCGGCGAAGGGGCUGGCCAAGCCUCCCUACUCGUACAUCGCGCUGAUCACCAUGGCCAUCCUGCAGAGCCCGCAGCAAAAGCUGCCACUGAGCGGGAUCUGCGCCUUCAUCCGCGGGCGCUUCCCUUACUACCGCGAGCGCUUCCCCGCCUGGCAGAAUUCCAUCCGCCACAACCUCUCGCUCAACGACUGCUUCGUCAAGGUGCCCCGCGAGCCCGGCAGCCCGGGCAAAGGCAGCUACUGGAGCCUCCACCCGGCCUCGCAGGGCAUGUUUCACAACGGCAGCUUCCUCCGGCGAAGAAAGCGCUUCAAGAGGCCUCCGCGCCCUUUGCCCUCGGCCCCUGCCACCGGGAUCCUGCUCUUCCCGCCUCUGCCUCCGCCUCCUUGCACCCUAAUCCACCCAGCAGCUGGGUCCCUGCCUGCCUACGCGCUGCCCCAGGCGGGAAGGACGGAGGCCGAGUCCUCCUCGCAGGCGGGGAAGCGGCACAAGGUUGCAGAGCAAGAAAAGGGACCCUGCGGAGAGAUCGGUCUGUGCGACGGCACCAGCAGGUGCUCCUUCAGCAUCGAGAGCAUUAUGAUGGGCCCAAAAACUCCCGCCGCCCUACAAUUAAGCUCGCUGAUUCCGCCCCCGUUAGCCACCACGUGGAGUCGCUGCCCAGCUUUGCUUCCCCGCCCUCAGCGCUUCUUCUCCCCCUCGAGGAGGACCUUGCUGGAGUCUAAGACCAGCCGCAGCUCCACAGCGCUUCUCGCAGGACACUCAGAGUUGAUCCCCAUCGCAGGAGGAAGCACAACUGCCUUCUAA